AUGACUACAGAGAGGCUCGGCUUGAGCAGACUCUUGGCUGCCAAUAUCGUUCUCUUCUGGAGUUCGGUUGUCAUCUUCGCUCUUGCUUUCCAUGUACGCGGUCCCGCAACUCUGGACGACCGAGAGGUCCUGCGGCAGACAUCAUUCUUCUACACCAUGUCCCCGAAGUUUGCGACCAAGGAGUUUCUCACGUACCCAAUCGAACACAACGCAGCCGUUCUCCGCCAGCCGCCGAGCCCCGAGGUGGAUGCGUACUGGGAGCGCAUAUCCGACACCGGCGUGAUGCCCGUCGGCGCCGCGCAGAUCCGCGGCCUCGGCAAGGACCCGUCGACGGUGGUGAAGGUGGCCCCAGACUGGAACCUCAGCCUCGACGACGCGUACCUCAUGCAGCUCGACUACCUGCACCUGCUGCACUGCCUCAGCUCGAUGCGGAAGAGCUUGCACUACAACUACCCGCACUACCACCCGGACGGCCACCCGCCGGCGUACGUGGCUCAUCUCUCGCACUGCCAGGAGGCGCUCGCGCACUGGCUCAUGUGCCGCCCGAGCGUGGACCUGAUCAAGUUUGACUGGGUCGAGAACCACUCGCGGCCGUUUCCGGACUUUGACAUUGCGAGGAAGUGCAUCGACUUUGAGGCGCUGUUGGAGUGGCAGGAGGAGCACCGGCUGCCGGACAAGUGGCUGCUGGAGAAGUGGAAGACGAUGGAUAGACCAGACGAGGUGAUUCCGAGGAGGUCGCCGGUUUUGAAUGAUGAGAGCAAGGCUGCGCAGGCGGUGAGUUUCCAGGACUCGUUCAAGGCGCCGGGCAUGCCAGUUUGCGAAAGGUGGCGCGAGGAAUAA